CAGGGCAGGAAAUACAGCUCAUUGUUGGCAAGUGCUGAUGAGAAACAAGCAGAGGAGUGAAAGCAGCGGCUGUGAGGCUUGUAUACGCAGCAGCCGCAGCAGCAAUAAUAAUACUAAUACUCAUAGCAAUAACAUUAAUAAUAUAAUCCGCUAACGCAAGCACAGAGGAGAAGAAAAAAAGAACUGAUUGCUCUAUGCUGGGAGAUUUUUCCUGACUGAUUUUACCAACACCUUUGGAGGAAAAGAAGAAAGAGAGGGCGUGAGGCUGGAAAUGGCAGACCACAUGAUGGCCAUGAACCACGGGCGCUUCCCUGACGGAACCAAUGGACUUCAUCAUCACCCUGCACAUCGAAUGGGAAUGGGUCAGUUUCCUACCCACCACCAUCAGCAACAGCAACACGCCUUCAGUGCCUUGAUGAGCGACCAUAUACAUUAUGGAGGUGGAAAUAUGAAUGCAAGCAGUGGCAUCAGGCAUGCAAUGGGUCCAGGGAACAUGAAUGGGGGACAUCCUCCAAGCAACAUGCCACCGACAGCAAGGUUUAAUAAUUCCCAGUUCAUGGCUCCUACGGUUGCCACCCAGGGGGGGGCCUUAACAGCCAGCAUGCAGUUGCAAAAGCUAAACAACCAGUACUUCAGUCACCAUCCGUACCCUCACAACCACUACAUGCCGGACUUACACCCUGCCAACCAUCAGCUAAAUGGAGCGACCCAGCAUUUUAGAGACUGCAACCCAAAGCACGGUGGUGGCAGCAGCAGCAGUGUGCCUGCCUCUGUGCCCCACGUCCCUGCAACAAUGCUGCCUCCCAAUGUCAUAGACACUGACUUCAUAGAUGAGGAGGUCCUUAUGUCCUUAGUCAUAGAAAUGGGCUUGGAUCGCAUCAAGGAGCUUCCUGAGCUGUGGUUGGGACAGAACGAGUUUGAUUUUAUGACAGACUUCGUUUGCAAACAGCAAUCCAGCAGAGUGAGCUGCUGACUUCUUGCCAAACAUAAGGACUUUUUUUAUCUGUAUGAAUGAAAACAUUCCUUCUAGACACAGUAUUUCAAAGGCUUUUAGGAGCUCAAGUAUCUGGGAAGCAGAGUAAACUAUAAGCUUUUAUAAUUUUUCCCUUUUUAUUUUGCUGCCACUUCUUCCUUAAGUGUGGACAUUCCAUUAUGCCCUUCCUUCCCUAUAAUAAUUUUAACUGAUUCAAUCUUUUUAGUAAUUUCUCAGUGUCUCUCUCUGUGCUUAAUUUCUUCACUGGCAACAUACCAUUUAUUUCAACUGUUAGAUAUGAACAUUGGCAAAAUGCUUAAUCUUGUGGAUUUUCUGUAGGCUGUCAUUUCAGAUGACUCAAAGUGCAUUCAAAUUCUGAAUUAAAGGACAAGAAUAUUGCAUUAGUUGGUUGCAUGAACUUCAGGGUAGAUUCCUGCACAAAUACUGCCCUCUUGCUUUGUUUUUAACUAUGCAUUGCCGUGAUACCAAUUUUUUUAGUCUGCUAAACUGGAAGCUUAACAGAUGUGGGCCAAACCCUCUCUGGUCAGGAAAAAUAAUACUGUUACUUAAAACUCUGCUCUCUGUUCCCUUUCUUUCUUCCUCCCCCUGCCUUCCCCAAAUCUGUAUAGACAGUAAUAUAGUAUGAAUGGGAUGGUGUCCAGUUGUUUAGGAAAGCAUUUCACAGGUUUUAAUUUAAUCUGAUUCUAUCUUCAGCAGUUUUGUUUUGUUUUGGCAUUGUGCUUACAUAGUUUAUUCAGUACAUGGGGGGCAAACUACUGUGUUGAAAGCUUUUUAGGAAAUUUAACAGUAUUUUUGUACAACAAUUUUUUUGAGAACAUACUUGUUAAUUUAUUCUAUUUUAAUUUGCCAAUGUCAAUAAAAGUUACAUGCUUUAAUUUUUCCUAAAUAUCAAUUACCCUUUUUUGUUUAAAAAAUAUUUUCCCCACCCCACAAAUGUUUGAUACAUAUAACCCAUUUAACUUGUUUUGAGCUGUUGGGUUGUGUGAAACAUUCUGAAAGAAAAUCUACAUGACACCAUUGUAUGCCUAUAUGUCAUGAUCAGUGCAGAAGGUUUAAAAAAAGGAUUUAAGCCUAAUUAUGACAUCAGUCUCAUAAGUAACAUUGUGACAUGCCUGUGUGAUUUUAUCUAAAGUGAAACUGCCAAGAGGCAACAACUUGUGAUUUGCUAAUUUACUUGCUUUAAAUGUAGUCGUCCAGAAUUAUGAUGCAUAAAACUAUUUAUUCUAUUUAUCUAUUAAACUUUAAUUUUAUAAAUACUCUCA